GGCAGCGCGGGACAGGACAGAUGUACUCUGUGCCGAAAGGAGACCGACAGCUACACACUACGGCAAAAUCUGACAUCCUAAAAUCUGAAGAAGUCGUUGACGUGACAAGUUCUGACGGAUGCGCCGGGCAGCACGGUUGCUCCUGGAACGAAGGCCAGAAUAAAGUGGCCCUGUCUCCAGAGCGCCAGCAGCAGAAACCACGCAAGAUGACUCGGAGCCCCAAAUGCGCCCGCUGUCGGAACCACGGCGUCGUUUCAUGCUUGAAAGGCCACAAACGCUUCUGCCGCUGGAGGGACUGUCGCUGUGCCUGCUGCCUGCUGGUGGUGGAGCGGCAGCGCGUCAUGGCAGCGCAGGUCGCUUUGAGGCGGAAGCAAGCUGCGGAGGGUAAAAGGUGGGUCAGGUGUGCAGCUCCGUUACAGAGGGCAGGGUAUCAGCGUUACAGCAGAGCGGCAGAGACAAGCAUCCUGGCUAAGAGCAUCCUGCAGGGAUUAAAACCAGUGGUACCGCUAGAGGACGACACUUCUUCCUGGUCCAAGCAGGCACAACACAGACAAACACACUUCAUGUGCCCCUCCAUCAGUGCGCGGAUGAGGAAGAGGCGAGCCUUCGCAGACAAGGAGCUGGAGAAUGUGAUGCUGGAGCACGAGCUGAGACAGAGAGAACUGCAACAUGAUCUUCCCUUCUCCUUCUCUGGCUUUGUCCCUGUUCAUCGCCCUCCACCCCUGCACAUCUCCCCCAGCCUCCAAUACUGCCCUCUCAACAAGGACCCUACUGGUGCAGGGACAUCCAACUAUGUGCCUUUGUAUAAAUAUAAGCCUCUGAAUGAGUAUGACUUCCAGUUCUAUCAGUUUUUCCACCUGAAAAGCAGAGAUUCCACAGAAAGUGAUCACAGUGAUAUCAUGUUAUGUCAAAGCUCAGAGCAAACCAGGGAGGAUGAGGAGGUGCAAAAUAACGAAAGGAAAGACUGCCAAGAGCUGAUAGCUCUACCAUCACAACAAAGACUCAGACAAGACAGAAGAACCUUGCCAGGUCUAGACCUUGUCAAAUCCCCUUCAAAACCAAGAGAAAUAAUGGACUUAAAUGGCUCACCAACUGUCACACGCUUUAUUCUUGGCUCAGAUCUAGGUAUCAUGGGCCGACCAAACGUCACAGCACCCAGCAAGACUUUUGAGCCCAGACCUCUGACAGCCAAGGACUGGAGCACAGACACUCCUGCCGCCCAGGCAGUUCCUCAUGCUGACUCUGUCAAGAGCCCUCACAGUAGUUCAGUCAGGACUCCAACCGUGAGGCUGUUACCUUUCUCUGUAGAGGCUCUGCUGAGGAGCUGACAGACAAAUGGAAAGCAGUGUAGUAGUGCACUUUAUGUGCAG